UGCAGGCCAACAUAAUCCAGUGGUUGGUUUGAGAAGCAAAACUCUUGACCGUUCAACAUGAUCCGAAACGUAUUGAAGUAUUUGGCGGUUGCACUCUUCGUUGGCCUCGCCAACGGUCAAGUCAUCACCGUCACUAACGGUGAAACUGACGGACGUUGGGGACCAUUGGAAACUUGCCCAGCAGGUUCCAGGGCUGUCAGUUACCAAACCACUAAUGAAGCUGAUGCUCCAAUUUUUGACGAUUCGGCUCUGAAUACCCUCGUUCUUUUCUGUGACGAUGCCGGCCAAACUACUUUGACUUCCACCGCAGGACAUGCUGGAAAUACGCAACCCGUACAGAAUUGCCCAACUGGUACGUUCUUGAAAAGCUUCCAGUUGCGUGUUAGCCCAGCCGGAAAUCAGACGGACAACACUGCCGUCAACAACAUCCGUUUUACAUGCUCUGAUGGCAGCGAGAUCAACGGAAUUGGCAACACAGGCGGCUUUUGGGGCGAUUACAGCGCUGAAUGUGUUGAUGGUAUUUGCGGAAUGGAGACUCGCGUCCGUCCAGAAGGCGGACUUUUGGUGGACAACACUGCCCUUAACGACGUCCGUUUCACUUGCUGCGCCCCAGCCUACCGCAAGCGUUCCAAGUUCAUUAAACCAUAGUAAUUACCUUCAUUUUUUCCCCAGUAUAAUGUGAAACAAUACACGUUGCAGAAUCAAUAGCAAA